AGGAAGAGGAGCCUGCCCCUCUCCAUGCAGCUGCGUGUCUGUGUUUGUGUGUGUGCAUGGGAGGCUGGGCUUUCCCAGGCUCUACCUGUGUGUGUACUUCCCUACGUGGGCCUGCUCACGUGUGCCCUUGCAUGUGUGCUCCGGGGUAUGUGAGCUUAGCCAGUCUGGCGCUUGGACAGGGUAGGGUGCUACUCAAGGGGAAGAAAAAGAGAGGGGACAGGAGUGAAGAGAGAUGGAGUCUUCGUUAGGGCUCUUAUUUACAGAUGACUUUAGGCCUAUGAACUGAGCUUCAGCAAAGAAAAAAAAAGAAAGAAAGAAAGAAAAAGAAAAAAAAAGGACUGUAUUGGCUCCUGUAAUUGAAAAGUCCAGGGGUAGCACUGGUUUCAGGUAUAGUUGGAUCCAGGGACUGGAAUGUUGUCUUCAGGAUAUUGUCUCUCCAUCUUUCAGAGAUGGGAGAGUGUAAUACAAUGAAAAUAUCACUUAAUGGCAAUGGUUUUAACCUGUUGCGGUGAGCGAUGAAAGCUAAGACCUGUCUUCAGAAAAAUGCCUUUCAGAUACAUGCACAUGCUAUACAUAAUUCUUUCCUUUCCUUCCUUAUGAAGUGGGCAGACCUUGCCCUGUUUCUGCCUGACCUCCCAGAUUUACAAGGACUUGCCUCUCACAGGUUCAGGAGUGCAGGAAGGUGGGGGGACCUUCCUCUGUCACUGGGGCCCCUGGCACAAUGAGGGUUGAUCUCUGGGACGGGAGAGGCUAUGCCAGGCCACUGGUCCCCGCUCCCAGCCUCCUCCCUUCCAUCCUCUGCCCUUCACCCAGCCCCUUAUCUGGGUCCUGCCUGGCCUCCCCUUUCAGCUUUGGGCCCUGACUUUAUCUUUCAGCUGCAAGGUCUGGGGCAUGGAGGACGACACACCGAUACUAAGAGAGGCCAGCUCUCUCACAUCAGCGGCCGGUGGUUUGGAGAACAUGGAGGCUGAGCUGUUGGAAAGCCUGGCCUGAGGAAGGCCGAGAUCCUGGCACAGUGACUCAAGCCCUGCAGAAGUCAGGGACAGCGGGAGCAAGGCUGGCCCGGAGCCUUCCUCAGGGUGGAGGAACCUGCAGCCAGCCCUGAGGGUGAGACGCUUCUGCAGGGAGCAUGCACAGCUGUUUCGAUGGAUCUGCACAGGCCUGCUAUGUACUGCAUUUGCUGCCUUCCUGCUGAUGGCCUGCCUCCUGGAUUUCCAGAGGGCCCUGGCAUUGUUUGUCCUCACCUGUGUGGACCUCGUCUUCCUGGCCCACAGCCUGCUGAAGAGGCUGCUGGGGCCAAAGCUGCUGAGGUGUGUCAAGCCUCUGGGGCAUCCCGGCCUGAACCUCUGGUUUCAGCCCUUUCUAGCCCUUGCUGCUUUCCUGGGCCUGAUCCUAUGGCUGGUUCUGGACACCUCUCAGAGGCCUGAGCAGCUGGUGUCCUUUGGAGGAAUCUGCAUGUUCAUCAGCCUCCUCUUUGCCUUCUCAAAGCAUCACCGCGCAGUAUCCUGGCGGGCUGUGUCCUGUGGUCUUGGACUACAGUUUGCACUUGGACUCUUCGUCAUCAGAACAGAACCAGGAUUUAUUGCAUUUCAGUGGCUGGGCGACGAGAUCCAGAUCUUCCUGAGCUACAGGUCCAGCUUCUUGUCUGGGGAGGCUCUGGUCAAGGAUGUCUUUGCAUUUCAGGUUUUGCCCAUCAUUGUUUUCUUCAGCUGCGCCAUGUCAGUUCUCUACUACGUGAGCUUCAUGCAGUGGGUGAUCCUGAAGAUCUCCUGGCUGAUGCAGGCCACCAUGGGUCCCAUGGCCACGGAGACCCUGAGUGUGGCUUGAAACAUUUUUGUGAGCCGGACUGAGUCUCCUCUACUGAUCUGGCCCUACUUGGCAGACAUGACACUCUCUGAAAUCCACGUUGUCAUGACCAGAGGCUGUGCCACCAUUGCCGGCAGCCUGCUGGAUGCCUACAUCUCCUUUGGGAUCGAUGCUGCCUCCUUAAUAAUUGCUGCCUCUGUGAUGGCUGCCCCUUGUGCCUUAGCCCUCUACCCGGAGGUGGAGGAGUACAAGUUCAGGGGUGAGGAAGGAGUGAAACUGACCUACAGAGAUGCUCAAAACCUCUUAGAAGUAGCUAGCAGUGGGACCGCCAUGUCUGUGAGGGUCGUGACCAACAUCGCAGCCAACCUGAUUGCUUUCCUGGCUGUGCUGGCCUUCAUCAAUGCUGCCCUUUCCUGGCUGGGAGACAUGAUGGACGUCCAGGGGCUCAGCUUCCAGAUACAGCUCAUCCGCUCCUACAUCCUGCAGUCAGUGGCCUCCCUGAUGGGCGUGGCCUGGGAGGGCUGCCCGGUGGUGGCUGAGCUGCUGGGAAUGAAGCUGUUUCUGAACGAUGGGCGCUGAGGAGUGGGCCAGUUCCAGGAAGCAGUGGAUCUCUGAUCCCCUCUAACCUGAGCUAAUGUGAGAAGGUCCCUUUUACUCUGAAAUCAA